AUGUCUUCUGUUCGAACCGCUGCCCGCGCUCUCCACACCGUGGUCACCAGCAAGCCGCCUGUGCGCGAAUGGCUGGUCAUUCUUCCCGACAAUACUCAAGUGGCAAGGACCAUCCCCAACACAAUACCUGCGAUACACAUCACUAAUAAAGUACCAGCUGGCCCGCCGUAUCGCAAUCCGGCCUCAGCACUCUCCCAAUUUCGUGCGCCUCCACAAGGAGGGCUAUGUCUCCUGGGCCGGUUCGUUUCCCCGCACUUUCCUAUUCUGGUAUUCAUGGCCCCCAUCUGUCUUGAUUCUCUCGAGCUUUCAGCUGAAACCAACAAAGGCCCCAUCUUCGCCCGGCCAUUCGUCAAGGGCGCCGUCGAGAACCGCCCCUUUGUCGGCAGCGUGAUGAUCGUCAACGACACCGAUCCUGAGGCAAUCCGCGCGAAGCUCAAAUUGGACAUAUACACGCAGGAAAGGAUCUGGGACUGGGAGAAUGCGGAAAUCCUCCCGUUUCACACGUUGGAGCGCAGUCCUGCCGAGUUGGAGAAGUAA